AUGGAGAUGGGUGGUACCGGCGGGGUGGUUGCUAUGGAGAUCUUCACGCGCCUGGGCAAGUGCUACACGUUCAACUCGGGGGAGCCGGGCACGGAGCUGCUGACCACGCUGCAGGGCGGCGCGGGGAACGGCCUGGAGCUCAUGCUCAACAUCCAGCAGGAGGAAUACCUGCCCGUGUGGGGCGACACGGACGAGACGUCCUACGAGGCCGGCGUGAAGGUGCAGAUCCACAGCCAGGAGGAGCCGCCCUUCAUCGACCAGCUGGGCUUCGGCGUGGCGCCCGGCUUCCAGACCUUCGUGUCCUGCCAGCAGCAGCGGCUGGUGUACCUCCCGCCGCCCUGGGGGGACUGCAAGGCCACCCCCAUCGAGUCCGACUUCUUCACCAACUACAGCAUCACCGCCUGCCGCCUCGACUGCGAGACCCGCUACCUGGCCGAGAACUGCAACUGCCGCAUGGUGCACAUGCCCGGCAACGCCAACGUCUGCACCCCGGAGCAGUACAAGGAGUGCGCGGACCCCGCGCUGGACUUCCUGGUGAAGAAGGACAGCGAGUACUGCGCGUGCCGCACGCCCUGCGACAUGGUGCGCUACGGCAAGGAGCUCUCCAUGGUGAAGAUCCCCAGCAAGGCGUCCGCCAAGUACCUGGCCAAGAAGUUCAACAAGACCGAGCAGUACAUUGCGGAGAACGUGCUGGUCCUGGACAUCUUCUUCGAAGCCCUCAACUACGAGACCAUCGAGCAGAAGAAGGCGUACGAGGUGGCCGGGCUGCUGGGCGACAUCGGCGGCCAGAUGGGGCUCUUCAUCGGCGCCAGCCUGCUCACCAUCCUGGAGAUCUUCGACUACCUGUACGAGGUGUUCCGGGACAAGCUGCUCGGCCUCUACCAGGAGCGGCGGCGGCGCCGGGACGGCCGCGGCGGCGCCCUG